CCCAAAUCGAAAUCGGCGGAAAUUUUUGCUUGCCAAGACGUGCGCGCGCGCAAAGCAAACUGAAAGUGGAAGCAGAAAAAGCGAAGCAAACGAGAGGCAAGAUCGGAUCUCCCGCUCUCGCAGCCGCGCUCGCGCCAGAAAAAGUUUUACCAAUCAAGUUUUUUAUUUCGCAAUAAAACAAAAACAAAAAACAAAACUUCAACCUAGUUAAAGUUAAUGUUGCUGUGUAGUGAACUUUUGUGAGUGUGUGCUCGCGUGCAUGGGUAUUGGUAGUGUCUCUGUGUUGGUUGUUGGUUUCUUUCGUUGCGUCGCAGCAGCAGCAGCAGCAAAAGAGGAGGAAGCGCAGCAGAAGCAAAAGUAACAGUGCAAUCGCAGGAAAAACCAAAAGUAAAAAAAAGAGAAAUUCAGUUUCCGCUUAAUUAUUGGCCUUGCGAAAGUGAUUAAAAAACAAGGAAUAUUUACACUUCCUUAAACUGAAUUACAUACCCGAAACGAAACAAAAAGUGUGCAAAAAAUGAUCAAUAAAAGGUGUGGGUGAGAGCGCAACGCCUGGAACUAACACAGAACCAUUCAAAGAACGCGGAAAAUUCGGUCAGUGUGCGGAAAGUAGAUUGAAAACUGGAUUCUUAACUUCGUCUUGGGAUUAACCAACUGCUGAAAACAAACUUAAUGAAAGAGUUUCAAAGAAUGUUGAUGUUGCAAUACAGCAAGCAUGGCGAGUGCAUACUCAAGGAAAUCGGAGCAGCCUUCAGAGGGGAGCACCCGGCGGACCUGACCAUAGUCUGCGAGAACAAAGUAAAGCUCCAUGCCCAUAAAUUGGUCCUAGCGGCCGCCAGUCCGCUGAUAAGGAACCUGCUACAGGACACGCACCUGAGCGACUGCUCCACCACCGUAUACUUUCCGGACGUGAAUGCCACCUACUUUAAAUUCCUGCUGGAUUUCCUGUACUCCGGCCAAACGUGCAUCACCUCGCGCGAUGUAAACUACCUGCACGAUCUGCUGCUGCUGCUGCAGAUCAAGUCGGACAGUUGGAAGACCACCGAUUCCGCGUAUCUGAGCAGCAAAUGUGGCGGCAGUUUGCGGGAGCGAUCGGACAGGCGGAAGCAGCAGUUUGUCCCCACGCAAAAUCUGGAGGCACAGGAUCAGACGCUUAAGUACGAGGUGGACAGCGUGGAUGAGUCGCGCAAUGCCGCGGACUUUUCGGCGGCCUUCCAUUCCGGCGACAAUUGCGAGAGUGCACCAGAGUGCGAGCGAAGUGGUGGCUGUGGCGACGGCGGUGGCGGUGGCGGCGGGGGCAGUAGCAUUCUUCACAAAGAGGAGGAGGACGAGGACGACGACUACACCACCCACAAGGAUAACAAGAGCGACAAAGACAUGGAUGAAAUCGUAAAUCUCUCGAAUGCCCCACCCAGCGGUACUAGCGGCAGCAACAGCAACAUCAGCAGCAGCAGUAACCACCACCCACAUCAUCACCAUCAUCACCACCACAACCACAACCACAACAAUAACAAUAUCAAUAAUAACAACAACAACAGUUCAUCAGCUAUAAAUCCCGUCAACCUUUCCCUCGACCUGCGGACGAAGAGCGAGAAUUCGACCAGCCGAACCCUCGGAUCCGGAUCAGAGCACAGCGGCAUCGACCUGGCGGUGAGCGCGAGUGAAAGCACAAAGCGCAAGGGCCUAUUCUUUGACUCGCACAAGGAUGUGAUGAAGCCGCUGUCGGAUGGCUCCGAUAUUAACAGUUCGCCGGAGAACUAUGUGGUCACGCCGCACAGAAAGCGUCGACCCGGAUUCCACAAUACACAGAGCGACAACCAGCCAUUCACAUCGUAUCAGCACAACUUGCUGGAGGAACUCCGCCUGGUCAAGUCGACGUCAUCGCCCCAUUCCGGCUUCGGAUCGGAAAAGAAUAUGCUGUCGCACUUGGAGGAUGGAGCGCUCAACGGUGACACUCUAACGCCGGAUCGAAAGCAAUUGCUGGAGGCGCAACGCAAUCGUGCCCAGAGUCCCGAGAUACCGAUGCAUUUGGGUCCCCAAUUCGUAUACCAGUGGCAGUCAAAUCAGAGUGCCGCCAUGUCCGCAAUGCCCAAUCUGCAGUCGCGACUCUCUAGUCUGUCGCACAUCAGCCUGAAUCUGGACCAUCCGGAGGGGCGCAGCGGAUCAGCUUCGGGCUCGGGAUCAAACCUGGCCGGCAGCAAUACGCACGCGUCCUCGGUGCGCGAGUAUCGUUGCGAGUAUUGCGGUAAGCAGUUCGGCAUGUCCUGGAACCUCAAGACCCAUCUGCGUGUCCACACCGGCGAGAAGCCGUUCGCCUGCCGUCUCUGCGUGGCCAUGUUCAAACAGAAGGCCCACCUGCUGAAGCAUCUGUGCUCGGUGCACCGGAAUGUUAUCACCACCACCAACGGGGCGGACACGGAGAAUCGCUACAGCUGCUGCUUCUGCUCCAUGUGCUUCGAGUCGGUCCAGGAGCUGGUGCGUCACCUGUCUGGCCACCACAACAACCUGCUGCUGACGAAGAAUCUUCGCGAGUAAAGCGGCUAAGCAACCACCAACCGAUGAUCUGCCCGAGAUCUGUCCGAUCCGCCGGACGGACUACUGCAAAGAGACCUGAAUUUUUAAAUAUAUACAAUGUACGAUUGUACGGUAACGAGUAACAGAUUUAAUUGUUUAAUGUAUAAAUAUGUAAAAUGUACAUUUAAAUCGUAAGUUUACGCAAACACACAUUCACGCGCCUCUGCUCGAUCAUACGCACGUAUCUUUCACCGCAGCCAGCGUCCUGGAGAGCUCCCACAUCCGCACCUGCAUCGGAGGGAGGCCAAUAGAGUUGCUGUGUCUCAUUUAAGUUUUAUUUUGGACAUUCAAUCGAACCCAAGAUCCACUAGAUGCACCCCCUACCACUACGAACCCUUCCCCAUUUAACCGGCUGGUCCAUUCGCAGUGGAGAGCACUUAAGUUGUAAGGUUAUUUUUAUAUGCAAGGUAUUGUAAUUUCUAUUGUAUUUCCAAACAACCAACAACAAUCCGUCGUCUUGCAUGAACUCUUCAUUCAUUGCCGCCUACGCCUAAAAUAUUUGAUUAAUUUUGUACACUAAUUCUUUCACGUUAAGAUUUUCCACAAGAUAUUCCCUCCUCUUUUAGGAUCAAGAAAAACAUCAAAGUGUGUCAACUUGUACAGUAUAAUUUCGCAAAGCUCGUAAUAAAAUCAGAAAAGCAUU